AUGAUCGAGACCCAAAUUGAGAUCGCAGCUCCACCUAGUCUGGUCCGAGGCCUGCUACUCGAUUUUGCAAAGUACCCGGAUUGGCAUACCUCAGGGCUGGUUCAAUUAUUGGAGCCCGAGGAUUCGAGCCUAACGCUGGCGACCUUGCAGUCAGGAGACAAGAUCAAGUGUGAUAUCGAUGGAAUGAAGUUCACAGCUGAGAUUAAGGAAAACUCCGACCGUCUCCUUCAAUGGCAAGGUCCACCCGUUAUGGGCCUGAUUUCCGGGCUACACUCAUUUAGCUUCGAGGUUUCGGAGUCUGGAGGAACAUUGUUUAAGCAGUCAGAGUUGUUCUCCGGUCCUAUCACGUUUCUUAUGGGGCCUUCUUUGCUAGGACGGAAGAUGCUCGGUCAGUAUCGCAAGUUCAAUGAGGAGCUCAAGAUACACGCGGAGAGAGAAUUUGAAAGUUCCUCUUGA